GCACGUGCUUCGGCGCCCAGGUCUGUCAUUUUUUCCCGCCAUUUUUUCCCGCCAAAAACUAGAACGAAAACGAGUGAAGUCUGUCAUCCUCGCCAAGAGUGAAAGAGAGUGAGAGAGAGAGAAGAACAGGAACAGCAGAAACCCUUGUAGUUCCUUGCCCGAGAGAGAGAGAGAAAGAUGUCAGGGUGGGACGAAGGAGCAGUAUUCUACAGCGAUCAGGCGCAGUUCCCUCGUGGUGGCGGAGACUCCGACCAGUCAUCGGCGGGCGCAGCCACCCGCCAUUCAGUCUUGCUGAAGUUCAAGGAGUUCAUUCGUAACUUCGCAACGGACAAGAAUGUCUUCACAUACAGAGAGAGCCUCCUUCACAACCCCAAGUUCCUACUCGUCGACAUGGAAGAUCUCAACUCCUUCGAUUCCGAUCUCCCAGAUAAGCUCCGGUUCGCCCCGGCCGAUUACUUGCCCUUGUUUGAGACUGCGGCUGCGGAAGUUCUCACAAGUUUAAGGUCCAGAGUCGCCGGCGAAACUGGAGAAAUGGAGGAACCAAUCAGGGGAGAGGUGCAGAUCCAACUUACUUCCAAGGAGGAUUCCAUCUCCAUGCGGUCGCUUGGGGCUCAGUAUAUAUCGAAACUCGUUAAGAUCGCUGGGAUCACAAUUGCUGCUUCAAGAACGAAGGCCAAAGCGACUCAUGUUACUCUCGUGUGCAAGAACUGCAAGAGUGUAAGAACGGUUCCUUGUCGUCCUGGGCUUGGAGGGGCGAUUAUUCCUCGUUCCUGUGACCAUGUUCCUCAGCCCGGAGAAGAACCGUGCCCGAUAGAUCCUUUUAUGGUGGUCCCAGACAAAGGCAAGUAUGUUGAUCAACAAACCCUGAAAUUGCAGGAGAACCCAGAGGACGUCCCAACUGGGGAGCUUCCAAGGAACAUUCUUCUCUCUGUGGAUCGCUACCUUGUCCAGACUAUCGUACCAGGAUCAAGGUUGACUAUCAUGGGGAUCUACAGUAUUUAUCAAGCAGCAAAUUCCUCCACUAGCCAGAAAGGAGCAGUUGCAAUUAGGCAGCCCUAUAUCAGGGUUGUAGGAAUAGAAGAAACUAAUGACACCCACUCCAGAGGUCUCUCUGCAUUCACACCAGAAGAGAUAGAAGAGUUCAAAAAGUUUGCUUCAGAAGGAGAUUGUUACAAGAAUAUAUGCUCCAAGAUUGCACCCUCCAUAUAUGGCCAUGAUGAUGUGAAGAAAGCUAUUGCUUGUCUUCUUUUUGGAGGAUCAAGGAAGUGGUUACCAGACGGUGUACGAUUAAGAGGUGAUAUCAAUGUCUUGCUAUUGGGGGAUCCAUCUACUGCUAAAUCGCAGUUUCUCAAGUUUGUGGAAAAGACAGCUCCAGUUGCCAUUUAUACUUCAGGAAAAGGUUCAUCUGCUGCUGGUCUCACAGCUUCUGUUAUUCGUGAUAACAGCUCUCGUGAAUUUUAUCUUGAAGGAGGAGCCAUGGUGUUGGCAGAUGGGGGAGUUGUUUGUAUUGAUGAAUUUGACAAAAUGAGAUCAGAAGACAGGGUUGCUAUUCAUGAAGCCAUGGAACAGCAAACCAUAUCCAUCGCCAAAGCAGGGAUUACAACUGUUCUAAAUUCUAGAACUUCUGUGCUUGCAGCAGCUAACCCUCCAUCAGGACGUUAUGAUGAUCUUAAGACUGCACAGGAUAACAUUGAUUUGCAGACAACAAUACUUUCUAGAUUUGAUUUGAUCUUCAUAGUGAAAGAUAUCAGAAUGUACAGUCAAGAUAAGCUUAUAGCUAGCCAUAUUAUAAAAGUUCAUACCACAGCUGGUUUAGCCUCCAGUGAUGGUAGAGUUUCAAAAGAAGAAAACUGGCUGAAGAGGUAUAUACAGUACUGCCGAACUGAAUGCCACCCCCAGCUAUCAGACUCUGGUGCAACCUUAUUAAAGAAUAAUUAUGUUCAAAUCAGACAGGAAAUGAGGCAGCAGGCAAAUGAGUCAGGCGAGUCACCAGCAAUACCUAUCACUGUGAGGCAGCUGGAAGCUAUAAUAAGGUUAAGCGAGGCGCUUGCAAAGAUGAGACUGUCCCAUGUCGCAACUGAUGAGAACGUCUUAGAAGCAAUCAGGCUGUUCAAAACUGCCACGAUGGAUGCAGCGCGAUCCGGAAUAAACCAACAUAUGAAUCUGACUCCUGAGAUGGCGAAUGAGAUAAAGCAAGCUGAAACACAGAUAAAGAGAAGAAUGGGAAUUGGAAACCACAUAUCAGAAAGACGUCUUAUUGAUGACCUCACCAGGAUGGGGUUGAACGAAUCUAUUGUGAGAAGAGCGUUGUUGAUUAUGCAUCAAAGAGAUGAAGUUGAAUACAAGAGGGAAAGGCGUGUUAUUGUUCGUAAAGCUUAAACACUCAUUUGUUUGGAAGCAAACACAGCAUCUGGGGAGGAGUGCUAUACGUGCAAAUUUGGAUUUGGAAUAUCUGUUUUAGUUUGGAGCCUGCAUUUCACAACCUUGGAAAGCAACAAGACAUGUGCAUUUCCAUUGUCUG